UAUGGUUCUAAAAAUAUAAGAUUUCUGUCAGAAAAAGACGUUGACUAGACUUCUAACAAUAAAUAACCCAUUAAAUCAGAAUAGAAUUAAGAUUAUAAUGACGGCUAUCUUGUAAUUAUACUAUUAAUUUGUCUCUUUUUGCUCAUCUGUGUUUGUGGAACAAUCAUAGAAGUUAGCNUUAGCAUUAUUUAGUGCUACUUUCCCAUAAGAAAUUAUUGAAUUAAGUAAAUAGUUUUUGAGAGAAGGAACAGCUAAGAUUUUGGUUAAAAAAGAAUAAUUGACAUUAGAGGGUAUUAGAUAAUUCUACAUUGCAAUCCAACAAGAAGAUCAAAAAUUCAAAGUUUUGGUUGAAUUGUAUAAAAAUUUAACAGUUUCUUAAUCAAUAUUAUUUUGCAAUUCCAAAAAAACCGUUGAUGAUUUGUAUGAUAAAUUGACUACUGAAGGUUUUACUGUAAGUAAAAUACAUAGUCAAAUGGAAUAAAAAGAAAGAGAAUAAGUAAAUUAAUUGUAUAUAAAUUAGGUUAUGCAAGAAUUCAAAAAAGGUGCUGCCAGAAUACUUGUUUCAACAGAUCUUAUGGGUAGAGGAAUUGAUGUACAAUAAUUAUCAUUAGUCAUCAAUUAUGAAUUCCCAAGAUUAAAGGAACAAUAUAUCCAUAGGUAAUAAUAUUGAAAUCUAUUAUUUUAGAGUUGGAAGAGCUGGUAGAUAUGGUAGAAAGGGAGUUGCCAUUAAUAUGGUAGCACAAUAAGAAGCUAAUCUCUUGUUAGAAGUUGAAAAAUAUUACAACACUAAAAUUGAUGAAAUGCCCAAAGACUUAGCAGAAGUAGAAAAAGAAUUAAGUUGAA